AUUUAUGGACCCCAUGGGGGGUUUUAGGGACCCCGAGGAAAUGUUUAGGAACCCCAUGAGGGGUUCAGGGACUCCAUGGGGGGUUUCUGGGGACCCCGCUGGAAUUUUUAGGGCCCCCCUGGGCUGACCCAGAGCCCCCUGGGGGGGGGGGUCAGAGGGGUGCAGUGAGCCCCGGGGGGUCCCCUCCGUGUCCCGCAGGCGCGGGGGGGUUCCCAUGGCAGAGCGGGAUUCCCAGGACCCCCAGGAUUAUUCCCAGGAUUCCCAGCUGGAGCGGGGCUGGCUCCUGUCCCCCCCCGGCCGCCCCUACCUGGAGUCGCUCCUGCACAAGAACCGGCGCAGGGUGUUCGGACUGCUGGAGCGGCCAGUCCUGCCGCCCCCCCUGGCCGUGCCCACCCUGCCCUACAAACUCUUCCUGGUGGGAAGGAGCGGAGUCGGGAAAACCGCCCUGGUGGCAGCGCUGGCCGGGACCCCCCGCACCCCACAGACCCCCGCGCACCACGAGACCCUCGGGAUCGAGGCCACCACGGUGUUCUGGCCGGCCAAGCCCCGGGGCAGCGCCCGCCCCGUCCUCUUCCAGCUGCACUUCUGGGACUGCGGGGACGGAGCCCUGAGGAGAUUCGAGCACCUGCUGCCCGCCUGCCAGGAGGCGCUGGACGCCGUCCUGGUGCUGUUCUCCUUCACCGACCGCGCAUCCUUCGAGGAGCUGCCGGCGCAGCUGAGCCGCCUGACGGGCCCCGGCGGGACCGGCCUCGUCAGGGUGGUCGUGGGCACCAAAUCGGACCUGACCCCGCACGCGGCCGUGACCGAAGGGGACGUGCGGGCCUUCGAGGGCUCGUGGGGGCUGCAGGUGCUGCGGGCGGGGGGCGCCGGGGGCGGGCGGGGGCGGGCGGGGCUGGCCCGGGCGGCCCCGAUCCUCGAUUCCCUGGUGGAGCAGCUCUGGAAAAGGGACCAGAUCGCCGCCGGCAUCGCCCGGGGCAAAGAGGGGACCCCCCCCAGCUGAACCCCCUGCCGGGGGGCGGCUCUGGGGGGAGGCGGGAGCGG